CGACACUUCCGCAUUAUGUGGCGUCUGAGAGUCGUUUCCAGACCUCGUUAGUAACUUGUGUUCUCUGUAUCAUUACCAGCCCGAUCACCAUGUCCAACAUACUGCAUGUUGCGGGGACCCUUCUCCCUGCAGACGUGCAAUGCCGGAGGUUUGUGGCGGCUAACAGGUAUGACCUGGCCGAGACGGGGUACGGCCGCGCCCUUCUGGCCGCCAUGUCUGAUAUGGACAGGCUGCAGGAAGUGGAGGUACUGAAGAGCCUGGGAGACUUGAACGUCGAAAAGGGAAGACUCCGCAAGACCGAAGCUCCGCGGAACAUGGAGCGGGGCCUGAAUCUGUACAGGGCCGCGCUGCUCCGGUGUGAAGACCCGGGGGAAGGCGAGUCUCUCCAACAUAGGGUCAAACUCGCCGAGAAACUCAGGCAGAAAACGCCCAUAGCUGGAUCAACCAGGAACACAACCGUUAAUUCUGUUUCAAUGACUUCAGAAAUCUUUCAAGACUUGGACAAGACACGGGCUAACGGUGGCCAUUUGGACUCCAUCUUAGAGGGCUACACGAAGAUUCUUGUAGAAGGAAUAGCGGAGGGGCGCAAUCUGUUGGAAAUGGAAGCUAUGAAAAGUCUUGGAGACGUAAACCUUAAGAGAGGAAGAGACUUAAAGGAGGCCAGCCACUUGACCAAGGCUACAGCCCUGUACAGCACAGCCCUGGAGCGAUGUGACGAUCCACAUGGGAAAACCGUCCUCACACAUCGCUUACUGCACGCAGCAAAAGUUAGGAAGGACAUGGCGGAAAAAAGGAGACGGAUGAGUCCAAGGGACACAAAGACAAACAAGUGGCUGCCAAGUGGAUCUAAGAAGGUCACUUCGACUAUUCCGCAAGGUCAUGGCCUCCCUACAGUAGAUGCUGCGAGGGUGUACAGAGACCAGUUACAAAAGGGCUGCAGGGCGAUGGAGACGGGGGACCUGGGCAUGGCAGAGACGCACUUUGCAGCUGCGCUCAAGGCUGUUCAUGUGAAAGAGUCAAAUACAGACCAAUACAGGAAAGAAACAGAGCCCCUGUGCAGGUUAAGCGAUGUCUACCUGGAAAGAGGAAAGCAAUCGAAAGACGGAAGUGACUUCACCAAGGCUGCAGUACUCCGUAAUGCCGCACUGGUCAGAGCAAGGACAGAAGACAAAAAAGGCAUCAAACAAGCAAUCCUACAAGUUAGUCAGUUAUUUGAUGAGCACGCGUUGGGGAUCGAGCAAGCAGUGGAAAAUGUUGACUCUGAAAAUCACAAAUCAAUACUGAAGAAACACCGGGAGCUUGUAGAAGAAGAGAUGAAAAAAAUCGAGCAAGAGAUCGAUCCUUAUAGUCUUGAUGACGAUGAUCCAGAGAUAAGAGAAGUAGAGAAGAAGAGAGUGGAAGCGAUCAUAACAUUGUUCCAAACAAUUUUUAAACAGAGAAAAACAUUCAUAUCUGCCCUUGUAGAUGAAUGUAUGGAUGUAAUGGGCCCCCCUCCCUGUAAGUACGCCAUGAUAGGCAUGGGUUCACUGGCCACAGGGUUAGUAACCCCAUACUCUGAUCUGGAGUUCGCCAUCCUGAUAGAGGAGAAAACAGAAUGUAACGUGAAGUAUUUCCGCAACCUCACUCAUUAUCUGCAUCUCAAAGUUAUCAACCUGGGAGAAACCAUCCUCCCGGCAAUGGCGAUCAAGUCGCUCAAUGAUUUCUCCUCCAAAGACCCGCAGGACAACUGGUUCUACGACUCUGUAACGCCGCGCGGGUUCGCGUUCGACGGAGCCAUGCCGCAUGCAUGUAAGACUCCACUGGGCAGGGGUGAAACAGCUGAACUUAUCCAGACACCAAGCGAGAUGACCAGGAUCAUUCAAAAUGACCUAACUUUGCAUUUAAAGAAAGGCUACCAUCUCGCCAGUAUCUUGGGGAAUGUGUGUUUGAUAAAAGGAGAACAGGACUUGGUCGAUGUGUACUCCGCCUUGUGGAGUCAGCAAGUCAAAAGUAGGAAAGGGGCAACAUUUGCGUUACAGGCAUUUAGCAUAAUUUCCGAAGAUACUAAUGUACAAACAUUUAUAUUCGAUGAACCAACAUCUCGAUUGCUAGAUGUGAAGAAAGAAAUCUAUCGAUUCUCGACCCUUGCAGUGUCGUGUUGGGCACUACUUUAUCGUAUACAGCCCACAACAAUAUGGGAGACUAUUCAGAACAUGAACAAGAACGGAGUCAUCAACGGUGAGGACGCGCAUCACUUGAUGGUGCUGGUCAGCAUCUCAGCAGAACUGAGGCUGCGGACAUACAUGAACAACCGUGGACAGGUGGAGAACAUGUCAGCCUUGUCGUCCAUGUCUGGUAACACAGAUAUGGGGGACAAGUUGAGGAAAGUGUUUUACUUCUCCAAUACAAAACAACUGUUGAGGUACUAUUACACAGCAACGCCAUUAAAGUUCUUUAUUCCGCAAAUCAUCGAAAUGUACCCACUGCCGGUAAAAUCUCCUGUUCUGUUUAACAACUCACCAAAGUUACAAGCCGGGGUAUAUGGAAGUCUGUGUGACUACGAAAAAGCCAAAUCGUGCAUGGAACUGGUACUCCAGGAUAAGGUUGCUAAACAUGGCAGGAACACUGCACAUCCAGACAUCGCCAGUUCAUUCCACAGCCUGGGAGACGCCUGUAUGAACCUUGGUGAUCACAGAAAGGCAGUCAGCUAUUAUGAACAGGCACUACAGAUGAGGCGGAGUAUCCAUGAUGAGAACACUGCACAUCCUGACAUCGCCGGGAUACUAAGCAACUUGGGUAUCGCAUGGAACUAUCUUAGUGAUCACAGAAAGGCCGUUAGCUGUCUGGAACAGUCACUAAAGAUAAUGCGGGAAAUCCAUGGUGACACUCCACAUCCUAACAUCGCCUCGUCACUUAACAACUUGGGUAACGCCUGGAUUAACCUUGAUGAUCACAGAAAAUCCAUCAGUUAUUAUGAACAGUCACUGCAGAUGAGGCGGAGUAUCCAUGGUAAGAACACAGCACAUCCUGAGAUCGCCGCGUCACAUGGUAGCUUGGGUAUUGCCUGGAGGCACCUUGGUAAUUACAGAAAGGCCGUCAGUUGCCUUGUACAGUCACUAGAGAUACAGCGGAAAAUCCACGGGGAGGACACUGCACAUCCUGACAUCGCCAAGACACUUCACAACUUGGGCCGCGCCUGGAAUGACCUUGGUGAUCACAGGAAGGCUGUCAGGUAUUAUGAACAGUCACUACAGAUGAGGCGGAAAAUCCACGACGAGGCCACUGCACAUCCUGACAUCGCUAUGUCACUGAACAACUUGGGUAACGUCUGGAGUGACCUAGGUGAUCAUGGAAAGGCCCUCAGCUAUCAUGAACAGGCACUACAGAUGAGGCGGAUUAUCCUUGGUGAGGACACUGCACAUCCUGACAUCGCCAGGUCACUUAACCACUUGGGUAACGCCUGGGGGAACCUUGGUGAUCACAGAAAGGCCGUCAGCUAUCAUGAACAGGCACUUCAGAUGUGGCUGAAUAUCCAUGGUAAGGACACUGAACAUCCUGACAUCUUCAAUUUACUUAACAGCUUGGGUGGAACCUGGGGGGCCCUUGGUGAUGACAGAAAGGCCGUCAAUUAUUUUGAACAGGCACUACAGAUGGAGCGGAGUUUCCAUGGUGAGAACACUGAACAUCCUGAUAUCGCCAGGUCUCUGUAUAACUUGGGUAUUGCAGAGGGGAGUCUUGGCGAUCACAAAAAGGCCGUCUGCUAUUGUGAGCAGUCACUACAGAUGAAGCGGAGUAUCUAUGGUGAGGAACAUCCUGACGUUGCAAAGACACUUCAGGUGCUGAGUGAGCUUCGUAAACUCAUUGGUGAUCACGGAGAGACCGCCAUCUAUCAAGCAUAGUCAUCAUAUACGUGGUCAGCGGAAGUUUAUCUUUAUCAAUGAAACUACUUUUAUAUGACGACGUCUGUUAGAGAUCAAUUUGCGUUAUGCCAAGCGCUUCAAAACUUGAAGAUAAUUUUUAUACAAUAC